CACCAUGGGCAGCUUCGUGGUGGGCAUCUGGAUGCAGGUCCUGGUUUACACGCUUCUGCUGCAGUUUCAGGCUGUAAAGGUGGAGGGAUUUGAUCCAGUUUCCCAGAAACUCCAACGACUUACUGAGCAGUUCCAACAGUUCCAGACUUUGACUCGAGCCCGUUUGAACAUGCUGGCCCUGAACCAGAACAGGAGUUCCUCGCAGGCACUACAGCGGCGUGUUCAAGCCCUGAACGACCAUUACCACCAUGUAUCACAGGACCUGGAACACCUAAAGCACAGCACGACACAGGAGAUAGAGGAUCUCAGAGAGACGAACAGGAAGCUUGAGAAGAAGAAUAAGCGGCUGAUGGGUCGCCUGACUUCAGUGGAAAGAAAGUUAAGGGAGAACUGCUACCAGACUGAAAAAAUAACAGCCGAUCCUGAUCAGGACUUCUUCAACCUCACUCUAGAGCUCAGAAGUCAAGAGGAGAGACUGGCUGCUCUUCAAAUCCAGCGUGAUGAGUUGCUGAUUGGACUAAAAGGGUUGCUGGAAUCCCUGAAAAACCAGGCAACACGCUUGGCCCACCUCGAGGGCCGGCUCAGUGAAGUGCUAGAAGGGAAUGGAAGGCAGAAGAUGACAGGGUCAGGGAAGGUUGAAGAGCCUGUUAGCUCCAACAUCACACCUCGGGAAUACAAUGAAGCAUGCAGAAGAGGUCAGACAAAUAGAGGAGGAAAACGUGGAAAGAUUCUGGAAGGACAUAUCCAACCCAGAGCGGAAGGAAGCAGCCAAAUCCAGACGGACACUGAUCAUGAAACUAAGCCAGACCAACUCCAUGCAGCAAAGCAGUCUAAACAUUUAAAAGCUCAGAUGCCAGAAUCUCAUCUACAGAUACAAGUCCAAAAGGAAAAUCCUAAAAUACAUCCAGACCCUUUCCAGCCCCAGGCCCAGAUCCAAACUUGGGCACAGACACAGCCCUAUCCUUCCCAGCAUCAGCAUCAACUAACUCUCCCCAGCAUCAACACCACCCACCAGGCUCUGUCUCAUCAUCAGGGCCAGACUGAUCCCCAGGUACAGCGACCAUCCCGUUCCCAUUCACAUCCUCAGGAAACGCCACAUUUACAAGACCCAAAACAGCCUUUUAGGAUGCUGCCCCAUGUUCCAACCCAUUAUACACCAGAAGACAUACAGAACAGGACUAGUCCGGGGGCUCUACGGCCCUAUAAGUCAAGAGUUAGUGGAUGGGAUGAAGGAGAGGAGGACAAAAGGCACAUGGUGAUCCACAAAUUUCUGCAAAUUCCUGUCAGGCACAAGAUCCCAACACAGCCAAUUCCUAAGAGGAAUGCAACCAUUUGUAAUGUGGACUCCAUGGUGUUGUUCCCCUCGGCCUCAGCAGAAAACUACGUCACCUUCUCCCUGAGUCUACCAGCUCUUCUUGAACUCUCUCUGUGCCUGUGGCUUCGUGUGGAGACCCCACAUAUUGGCACACUGCUCUCCUAUGCCACAGAUGACAGUGACAAUCAGUUAGUUCUCUAUGGACACAAGUCCUCGUCUUCGUCUAUACCCUUCUCUGUCUCUUCCCCAUCCUCACCUUCUUCCUCACCCUCUCUGGACUUUGUCAUUAGAGACCCCGUGUAUCGUCGUCUCCAGGUGUCGGCGCUUCUGGACGCUCACUGGCAUCAUGUCUGUGUCCUUUGGUCCUCUAUCCACGGUCGAUUCUGGCACUACAAUGACCACCUCCUCGCCUCCUCAGGCUCUGACUUCAGGAAGGGAUGGGAGAUUCCCGGAGGUGGAUCUGUGGUGCUGGGACAGGAGCAGGACUCUGUUGGUGGAGGGUUUGAUCCUGCAGAGGGUUUUGCUGGGCAAAUGGCUGGGUUCAGGUUAUGGAACCGGGUGCUUAGCCCAUUAGAGGUAGAAGGAGUAGCGGCAGGAAGAGGCGUGCCCAGAGGAGUGGUGCUUGGGAUGGAAGAUAUAAAGGAGGUGCAUGGGGCGGUGCAUCAUGUGGCCUGUGAUUGUUUAGAGUACUGUGGCUGAUGAUAUAAUCAAGGAAAAAAGCAGUGGUCAUUUAAGCAAUUCCUUUGGAGGUCCAGCUUUUGUUUUUGUUUUUUAUUUGUUUUUUCUUUUUUUGUGUGCAAAGUUUGGGUUUGUGAAUGUAAACACUACCAUGCUGUCAGUUUCUACUUUAACUACAGCGCUUAUAGAAGUAUUAUUAUUCAUGGACACUGUAGCAAGGUCGAGCCUGAGACCAUUACAGCUGGAGAAUGCCACAAUCCACUCUAUGUGAUAAUAAUCAUAACUACACAAAUAUAAAGGAUGCUUUGAUAAAGAUUUCAAAGUAUUCUUACUGAAACAAAAUAUAACAUAAUUCUAAUGUUAAAACUACUUUCAAAACUAGCGUUGUAAUAGCGAGUGUCGCAAACUAACUAAGAGACUGUAACUAAGAAAUUAGCUCAAUUUAUAUGCCUACUCACGCCUCCUGCCUUUGCUGCGUGACUCUAAAAUUAAAAUCUGUACACAGUAUGAUACAUGCUACACAUAUAAUUAUUACUUAUUACUAUUUCCUGUGUUUGUUGCCUAUUUUUCUAAUAGCCAAUGUAUAAACCAAACUGAACUGUAGCAGCUUAUGUGAAUGUCAAUAAUGUUGUGUUCUUAUGAAU